CUUCGCCUUCAAAACUCUCCCCCUCCGGGUGGACCUUUCUGUCGUCUCGUCCCUUCUUUUCCAUCUCUCUUCUUCGACUGUAACGCGGUCAAAAACCUAAAAUCUCGGAGACCGGAGAGAGGCUAUCGGAGCCGGAGAAGAUGAUCGCCGGCGUCUUGAGAAGCAGAAGCCACAUGUGGCAAAUGCAUUCGGCCGCCGCCGGCUCAAUCGGAGCUCCGAUCCUCCGGCGAAGCCUUCCGAAGCCGCACCAACAACGCCAAUGCUAUAAUCGGUUUCCCCAUUCUAUUCAAAGGAAAACCAGGGAGCUCGAGGAAUUGAGGUCUAGUUCGAAUGUCCUGUCGUCGAAGAUUGGAUUGGUGAGUUGGUAUUUGGGGAUGGUGAAAUCUCACCCCAUUCUCACCAAAAGCGUCACUUGUGCUUUUAUUUAUGCGGCCGCUGAUUUGUCCGCUCAGACGAUUGUUGAGUCAUCUUCAGUAUCUUAUGAUUUUGUGAGGACGUUACGAAUGGCUGGAUAUGGAAUGCUAAUCUUGGGACCAUCUCUGCAUUUUUGGUUCAACUUUGUGUCAAAAGUCCUUCCAAAGCGUGAUCUGUUCACAACGUUGAAAAAAAUUGUUAUGGGCCAGACGUUAUAUGGACCUGUUAUGACUGUUGUUUUCUUCACUACAAAUGCAGCCCUACAAGGUGAAAAUGGUGCAGAAAUAGUUGCUCGAUUGAAACGAGACUUGCUUCCUACGAUGAUUAAUGGUGUUAUGUACUGGCCAAUAUGUGAUUUCAUAACAUUCAAAUUUAUCCCUGUUCAUUUACAGCCUCUUGUGAGCAAUUCAUUUUCAUAUCUCUGGACUGUUUACAUCACUUACAUGGCAAGCUUAGAGAAAGCAACUAGCAGUUCAUGAAUAAAUCAUGAUAUUUCAGUUGAUGGCCUUAACCCUAUUGCCUCUGAUUUCUUUGGAUCAUAUUCGUUACAAAACCGACUAACUCGAGCAUUCGUGGUUUAGCCAUAGACGCUAACCUAAAGUGGCAUAUGCCGAAGAUUUUGAAGUCUGAAGCGUAAGGAUGUUUGAAGCUGAAGAGACUCCAUAUACGAUACGAGAAGCAGUCAUUCUGUUGUAUUCUUUUAUUGAGAACUCUAAUGUUAGAACACCGUGUUACAUGUUUUAGAUUAGCUAUAGCUGUUCAUGUUUGUGAGUAGAAAACAGGUUGGUAAGAGCCAAAUCAAAUCUUCAUAAAUUAACUUCCUUUUA